CAGUGUGUUGCUCGUGCAGCUUUUCGAGGAACAAACGGAAACUUGAAGACAGCGGGUGGUGACGUCACAAAUAGUAAAAGUGCUCGUUGAGAGGGGUAAAGUUUGGAGCCUCCGAAAAAGCCUCAGAAGUUCUGCAUGACAUGAACAGCGAGGCCGACGUUCGAGUUAGCGCUGGCUUUUAGCCCGCAGCAUGGACGGCAGGUAGCGAUCUGCUUAUUGUACAGCGGCGUGUCGGUUUUUUCUUUCUAAAUGAAGUUUAAACAGCGAUCGGGAGGAGACCAGGUGAGACUCGGCGCGUCUCCACGCAGGCAGGACUCCACAAAGCGGACGAUGGGAGCCCGCAGCGCCACCCUGAUAAACUUGCGGCCGACGGUGAGCUCGGUCCGCCGGAGCUCCGCCGUGCUGCCCUCAGUGCUAACGUUCCUGGUGAUCGUGGCAUCCGCAGGCCUGCUGCUCAUGAUCGAGAAAGGAAUGCUCAACAGCAUGGAGACGCCUCCACCCCGGGGGAACGCCAGGCGCUCCGAUUUCAUCCGCCAGGCAGGGAAGCUCGGUCGGGAAAACGUGGACGUGGAUUCCCAGAUCAUGCAGGAGAUCCGGAACCGGACCAUCAGGACCAUGUGCAGCCAGAAAAACAUGCCUCACAGCAUUUGGUCCCUGACUCCCCAGCAGAGGAAAACCGUGCUGCAGCACAUCCUGGUCAACGACGAGUACCGCUUCCUCUACUGCUACGUCCCCAAAGUGGCCUGCUCCAACUGGAAGCGGGUCAUGAAGGUCCUAAGUGGAGCCCUGAAGAAUGUGAAGGUCAAUAUCAAGAUGAACCAUCGCAGCGACCUGGUGUUUCUAGCCUCCCUGAAGCCAGAGGAGAUCCGCUACCGUCUUAAGCACUACUUCAAGUUCAUGUUUGUGCGAGAACCGAUGGAGCGUCUGCUCUCAGCGUACAGGAACAAAUUUGGCGAGAUUGAGUCGUACCAGAAAAAAUACGGCGUGGAGAUCAUCAAACGUUACAGGAAGAAGUCCAACAAACACUCGCUGGUCACCGGAGACGACGUGACCUUUGCCGAGUUUGUUCGAUACCUGCUGGAUGAGGAUGUGGAGCGUAUGAACGAGCACUGGAUGCCCGUGUACAACUUGUGCCAACCGUGUGCCGUCUCUUAUGACUAUAUCGGAUAUUACGAGCAUCUGGAGAGAGACUCGGAGUAUCUGCUGGAGAAAAUAGGAGCACCGCCAGAUGUUCACUUUCCUGAGAGGCAAUCUUGGUACAAACCCGUUACAUCAGAGACACUACACUACUACCUCUGCAGUCUGCCACAGAAGCUGCUGAGAGAACUGCUGCCUAAGUACAUUCUAGACUUCUCCCUCUUCACCUACCCCCUGCCCAAUACAACCACUGAGCACUGCCGUCAUUAAGUGUCCCAAUGCAAUAUAAACCGUGUUUCUUUAAAGGUGUGUACUUUUAUACUAGGUCAAUGUAUCGCUACACAUUCCUGUUACAGAGGACCCAAAGUUCUUGAUGGACAAGCCUGAUUUAUUUGAACUUUUUCAUGUUUUACAUUCAAAUAAAACUUGUUACGAGUAGAUUUAAUUUCUUUUUGACUUUAUUUGAGCAAUAAUUUAAUAUAACAGAAGAGGAAGAACAUUUAGGACUCAGCAGUAAAACCUACUAAUGACUUCAGUGAAGUAAAGACUCCCACACACGGAUGAUGUUUCCCAGCUCACAUUGGCACUCGAACCUCUCACUGGAUUGCCUCGUCAGCACUUUUCAUUAGUCAUUCAUCCAUGAAACUCACACUUCUGAGAAGAGACAAAAGGAUUGGGGUUGGAGACAUGAAUGCAUGUGCUGUAAACUUGGAAAGUUUCUCUGUUCAAACACGUCUCAGAGAAAAUUACCAACACAACCGGGGCAUCGAGAAUAUGCGUCAUGAUCUGAGUUGGUCUUACUUGUCAGAUGAUUUUUCCCUAGAGCGGACCUGCGGCUGUGGGUUCGGCUGGUUGGCCGAGACGUCUUGGGGGUCGGCAGACAUGUUUAAGGACGAUGAGAUUGAAGCACCUUGUUUUCGCAUUUCCUGAACUGUCCGCUCACUGCAGUCGGAGACAGUCACAAGUUUGUCACACAGUGUUGCGCUGCAAUAUGGGCUUUUGAGCAAGACUUGUGCAACAUGUACUAAUGAUGCAGCUCAAGAGAGUUAUGUUGUUCUAAGACCUCAUUGCAUCACCACCAUCACCUUCUUCAACUAGAUUAGACAACUGAAAGUGAUAUGAGAAACAAAAUGUAUUAAACAACUUCAAUAUUAAUCUGCCCUAUAACAGCUUAAAAGGCCCCUCACUCAGGCGUCUCGUGUUAGAACAAGACCUGGAAACUUGAAACUCAAACAUGCAUUCAUCAUUCACUUUAGUAAACACCUCGUACUGCUCAGGUCUAAACAAGAACAAGUUAUUUAUCAAAUAGUUCUUUCAAUGCUGGUGUAAAUAUCAGCGCCUGCCGGCAGUGCUCAAUGAAAACACUUGAUGUCGCAUUCAUUCUGCUUGGCUUUUACCUUAUUCAUUAUCUGUUUUUCC